GCACAUAUAAUAUCAAAAAGACUGGUGUUGUUUCCUCUAAUGGAAUUCCAGUUACACUACCAUUGAUUGAAGAUCAGAUAACUAUCUUUCAUCAGUCCUCGCAAUUCAUUCAAAUAGCAAUAAACAAUGGAAUCAAAAUGCAACUAAACAUUAAUUCUGUAAGACAACUUUAUAUCACUUUACCUGAUGAUGCAAAGGGAACUGUGAGAGGAUUGUGUGGCAACUUCAAUGGAAAGGUAGAUGAUGAAUUUCUAUCAGUAGAAAACAUUUUCGAACCAACGGCUCUUUCAUUCAGUCAUUCUUGGAGAACUGACGCAUGUGGCAAUGCAAUGGUCCCGGCCCCUGCCUGCAUCAGUUCAGAAAAUGAAAUAUAUGCGAUGGAAUAUUGCGCCCGGUUAAAAGAUUCCCAGUCUGUUUUCUCUAAGUGUCAUUCUACAGUGGAUUUCAGAAACUACUAUGAGAUGUGCAUAGCUGCCUCAUGUAACUGCCUGAACAUUGACGAAUGUAUCUGUGCAUCAUUCGAAGCAUAUGCUCAUGAAUGUGCUGCAAGAGGUGCACUUGUGCUUAACUGGAGAACGGAUAUUUGCAGAAUAAAUUGUCCCAAAAGCCAGGUGUUUCUGUAUAAUAGCAAAGCCUGCAACCAGAGCUGUAAAUCAUUAUUUAAGUAUGAUGCUACCUGUAAUAUUCAAGACGUACCAGUUGAAGGUUGUGGAUGCCCGGAAGCAAUGUAUAUGGACGAAUCUGGAAACUGUGUUAAUAAGUCACACUGUCCAUGUUAUGUUGGUGAUGCAGCUAUAAAACAUGGCCACAGUACAACUAUUCAGGAUACCAUAUGCUUUUGUACAAGUGGAGUACUUAGCUGCAGCCUUCCAGACAGUGAAAAACCCACAGAAGAAGAUUGUACUGGGAAAGUGUUUAAGAAUUGCAGUGAUUCUCAAGGAAAUCAUCAUGCCAAGAAAUGCCAAUCUUUAAACAUACCCGGUCCUGAUGUCUGUGUCCCUGGCUGUGUGUGCCCUAAUGGUCAAGUGGAAGAUAUAAAUGGAACUUGCAUUGCUCCUGAAAAAUGCCCCUGUUUAUACAGUGAUAUCUAUCAUGACACUGGUACUACAAUCCAAGUGGAUUGCAACACAUGCACGUGCAAAGGUGGAUCAUGGAAUUGCAGUCAAAAUAAAUGUACAAAGACUUGCCUCACUCUUGGGGAAGGCCAUUAUUCAACGUUUGAUGGACUUAGCUACUUCUUUGAUAGCAAUUGUGAAUUCAUUUUUGUUCAGAGCUAUCCAGAUGAACCUGAUGCAUUUCAAAUAUUAAUAGAAAGUGUUGCUUGUGGACAGACUGGAUUUACAUGUUCAAGAGUGAUCACCAUUUUAAUUGAGGGAAUAGAAUUGAAACUACUUGAUGGCAAAGUGCAAGUCUCAUACUCCAAUCAAGAUGUUUGCACAGAUCGUAUUUAUUCACUGCACAUGGUGGGACUCUAUUUUAUUCUUGAAUUUCACUCAGGAAUAACUGUGAUUUGGGACAAGCACACUCGAAUUUCUGUAACACUGGCUACAAAAUGGCAGAACAAAGUAUUUGGACUCUGUGCAAAUUACAAUUCUCGUAUUGAAGAUGAUCAAAUGACAAAAUCAAAAACUUUGGUGACUGAUCCUGUGGAAUUUGCAAAAAGCUGGAAAUCUUCAAGGCCAUGCAAAAUAUUUGUAGAGGAUGCUGCUUCUUGUUACAAAAAUCCAUAUUGUUUAGCAUGGGCUGCAAGAAAAUGUACUAUCAUUACAGGGGACAUUUUUAACGCCUGCCAUAAAAUGGUUGAUCCAACUCCAUUUUACAAAAUGUGUGUUAAAGAAACUUGUACUGACUGUCAGGGAGGGAAAUGUUUGGGUUUCUGCUCUGCAGUAGCAAUGUAUGCGGAGACUUGUAACAAAGCUGGCAUCUGCGUUGACUGGAGAACUCCAGAUGUGUGUCCUAUAUACUGUGACUAUUAUAAUCGAGAUGAUGAAUGCAGUUGGCAGUACAAACCUUGUGGAACAGAAAUUACAAAAACUUGCAGCGAUCAUUCAAUUGACAAGAAGUUCUCUCCAAUUCUUGAAGGAUGCUAUGCAAAAUGUCCAGAUGAUGUUCCUUAUCUGGAUGAAAAUACAAUGAAGUGUGUUGACUUAGCUAAUUGUACUUGUUAUUUUAAUGGUAUAUUAUUGCAACCAAAUGAAGAAAUAAUGACAGAAUGUGGACAAAGCAAGUGUCAUAAUGGAACAAUUGAAUUCAAGUCAACAACUACUGAAGCAACAACGACAACUGCUGUAACGACACCCUCCACCGCUGGGCCAUCUACAACUGCAGGGACCGGCAGCACUCCAGCCCCAAGCACAUCCCCGACUUCACCAAGUACAACUUCAGUGACGGGAACCACUACACUUCCUGGCCCAACUACAUGUGAGUCUGAGUUCAUGAUUAAUUUAUCUUGUAUGUAAAGCCAACUUUUCAAUGUGCUGGUUAAUGGCCCUGUCCCACUGUAUGAGUUCAUUCCAGCUCUCCCAAGUUAAAGAAAAAAUCAAACUCGUGGUAAGCAUGUAGAAUGAACAUAGCGGGUACGUCGGAGCUUGGGGACGUCUCUUAACGGCUCGUAACGCUAACGGCAGAUACUCGGGAAGACCCGCUAAUGGCAGGUAAGCUCUGGAAGACUCGUGAAGAUUUUUCAACAUGUUCAAAUAUGUCCACGAGAGUCCCGAGUACUUAUGAGUGGCCAUUACCAUUAAUCUCCGAAUUCGAAACAGGGCAAAUUCGGGCAGAAUUCUUGAAUGAAUUUGUACAGUGGGGAAGGGCUUUUGGGUGUAAUCUGGUAAUAAUUUCUAGGAUACAAAUCAGAAUAAUGAAAUAUAUAUGCAUCAAGCAUGCCUCAUUUGAUAACAGCCCAUUCAUUAAAACACCAUUCACUGAAAGUGUUAUUCUGUCCUCUGCUUGAAUUAAUGUGCAAUAGCUCCAUCUUUUGGACCUUUAUUGUGAAAUGGCCAUUGCAUAUAGGAAGUAGGAAGCAGGAAGCAGGAAGUAGUCUCCUGUCUUUGUGUGUCUGUCAUGUUUUUAACAUCAGAAGCAGUCCUUUCCAAUCCUAGCUUGAUAUGUCUAAGAAAGCAAUGGCUUUUUCACUCGUUUUUCAAUGAUAAGAAUGUGUCAGCACUGGAAAUUCAUUAAACUUGAGAGCUGAGAUGCUAACUUCCUGACUCGCGUUUCGUUAUUGAAUCGAGUUUGUCAAUCUACGUUCUUCUGUUAACAGACACAUAGGUUGGACAGUUACAGUGAAAAAGCCAGGAGAACAAUGAGUGAAGCAAGCAACUGCAAUAAAGCUGCAAAAAUAAAAAAUACAAAUGAUCAUGAUGACAAAGCAUUGCAACCCAGUUCAAGCUCACGAUUCACCUCCUCCUCUAGAUCUUCAAGUAGUGCAACCACUAAAGCUCGUGCAACGGCUGAGGCUGCACAUGCACGAGCAUCAUAUAUUAAGAGAGAGCUGGCCAUAAAAAAAAGAGAGAGCAAGACUAGAGGCAAAGAAAGCAGGAGUAGAGGCAACUUUAGAGGCCUUACAUUUGAAGCAAGAGGCUGCUGCUGCUCUAGCACAAGUUGAAGCUUUGGAGGCAGCUGCAGAAGUGGAAGAUGGA